AUGAAGUUCGUCACCAGCACCAUCAUCGUCUCGGCCUUGGCCAGCCUUGCAGCCGCCGUGCCCCAACGAGGCGGAGGCCCUCGUCCCGGCCGCCCAACACCACCAACAGGUACCCCCGGCACCCCCGACACCUGCCUGACCAGCACCACUGCCAGCGACAUGGUCAACGGCUUCGCCUCGCUCUUGACUGCCUUUGACGUCAACGUCGCCAACUCCCUCCUUGCCUCCGACUUCACCGACACCUCGGACUCGAUCAAUUUCCUGGCCGGCAUUCCACUCGGCUCGACCACGUUCCCCUCCAAGGAGGCCUUCAUCGCAGGCCAGGGAACUCAGCCCCCCAUCGGCUUCACCGUCCUGAACAUCGACGCCGUCACCUGUGACACCAUCGCCUUCCGAUGGGCCGCUACCCUCGGUCCCCAGACCCCCAUCAAGGGCAUCAACAUCCUCAAUGUUUCCAACCUCAACGGCACCUCCACCGGAUGGCAAAUCAAGUCCGUCUUCUCCGAGUUUAACUCCGGCACCUGGAGCCAGCAGGUCGGCGGCCAGUGCGCAUAA